AUGAAGUUUAUGGAUAGACUGCCGACUGUGAUCAGCUGUUGUUUCUGUUGCUUUCUGCGCGCAGGCACAGUAAUGAUCGCAGUUUUUUCAUUCCUAUCGGGCCUCCUAUUUGCGCCAAAUGUCACCCAUACACGUGGAUUCUGGGACAUGGAUCCUGUGUUAUCGUACCAUAGUUCAGCCACGGAAAACACUAUACAAAUUGUGCUUGGUGCAGUAUCUAUUAUGCUAUGUUUUGUCAGCGCACUACUACUUAUUGGAGCUUGUUGCAACUUACCAGUGUUAAUCGAGAUCUACCAAUGGGGCGUGGUAGUGUACAGUAGUACUGUUGUGCUGCUCUUCUUUAUCCUGGCCGUCUUCUGCUUCUUCAUUCAUUCAAAUUGUGUCGUGGCAGGUGCCGUGCUACUCGUGUUGAUGGUUGUUAUUGUUAUAUUGACAAUGUAUUUUAUGAUUGUUGUGAACAGUCUUCGGAUGUCAAUAAAGUAUUUAAAUGAAGAGGUUUUGUAA